UCUCUCUCCUUCAGCAACGACUUCAUAUCGCUCUUCGCUGAUCUCCGGCUGAAGCCUUCGCCGCCUGGAAGAAGCUCGACUGGGAGAAGAUCUCGCCGCCGUCGAAGAGGCUCCCGCAGCGGACUGAGCUGAGACCGCCGAACGAAGACAGCGCCGGCGCCCUCGCAGACUGCCGCUUCGAGCGCCGCUCUCGAGCCGCCCGCUUCCCGCUUCCGGCCGCCUCUCAGCGCGUCUCCUGCCGCCAUUCGGCGCCGUUUAAAGAGCUUGUCCCGCGGCUUAACGUUGCUUUCUAAGAGCUUUACCAGCGGCUCUCGCUGCUCUAAAAGAGCUACAAUUGCCGUUUUCACGGCGGCGGCGUUGCCUCAAUGCCGCGCCACAGCUGUGGCACAUGCAGAGCUUCGCUCCGCGGAUCUUCGCUCUCUAGCAGCUGUUCACCUCGUCGCCCUCGUGCCGCCUUCAGCAUCUGAGAGCAUUCAGCUCAUUCCCUGCCGUUUUCCGUCAGGUGAGUACAGAGCUUAUUUUUCUACUUUCUCGCUGGCGUUUGCUUCAAACGCCGUCUCUCCGAGCGCGUCAUUUGCCGGGUCUUCCCCCGUAAACCGCGUUCGUUGAGGAUGCGAGCUCUCGCUCUCUCAGCUGAAUUUGACAUGAUGCUCUCCCCUGACUUAGGCGAGACUCAUGAUACACUUCCUAUGUGAGAGUUUAUUUCUCCUUAUCUCUAUGUGCGUCGCUCGCCGGUCCCUCCCCCGCGAGCCGCGUUAAUUCAGAAAUAUGACAUGUCUUUCUUCCCUAGCUUGGGUGAGAAACAUGUUAUAUGCUUAAUUUAAUGGAGCAUCUUUCUGCUGUUUGCAUUGAGUCUUCUCUAUGCGCUGUUCGCCGGUUCUGCCCGCGAGCCGCGUUUAUUGAGAAAUAUAACAUGUCGCUCUCCCCCCCUCUUGGGUGACAUCCAUGUUAUAAACAUUCAAUUUAUAUAGCAGAUUUUUGCAGAAGUUAACUGAAUCUGUCAGCUGAAUUUGACAUGAUGCUCUUGACUUAGGAUGAGACUCAUGAUACGUUUUCUAUUUGUGUGAGUGUAUUUUUCCUUAUCUCAAUGCGCGUCGCUCGCCGGUUCCGCCCCGCAAGCCGCGUCGAUUGAGAAAUAUAACGUGACGUUCUCCCCCGAGUCGGGCGAGAAACAUGUUUUUAUACUGUAUUAAUGGAGCUGAUUCUGCUGUUUGCGCUGAGUUUCUCUAUGCGUUGCUUGCCGCUUCCGCCCUGCAAGCCGCAUUCAUUGAGAAAUAUAACAUGUCGCUCUCCCCCCCGUCUCGGGUGAGACAUAUGUUAUAUAUAUGUAUAUAUUUCAGUUGAUACAGCAUAUUUCUGCCGAGUUUGCUGAAUUUCUCAGCGCGUUGCUUGCCGGUUCUGCCCUGCAAACUGCGUCCUUUGAGAAAUAUAACGACACUCUCACCUCUCUAAGGUGAGACCUAUGUUAUUUAUAUUCAGCAUAUCAGUUGAUGUAGCAUAUUUAUUCCAGUCUCUCUGCGUGUCGUUUGCCGGCCCUGCCCCUGCAAGCCACGUUCAUGAGGAUGUAUGCGCUCACUGAAAGCGAGCUCAAUGCUCACUUGUGCUUGGUGGAACUAACAUGCUCAUUAUGCUGGACCUCUGUUCAUGUGACUUGCUGGCUUUGCCCUGCAAGCCAUGUUCAUUGAGGUAGAGCGGUAGAGCGGUCUCACUUCCGACACCGCUCGGUGGAAUAUAUCUUGAUGCUCUCCCCUGACUCAGGUGGGACACAUGUAUAUUUUUCUAAGAAGCAUAUAUCUGUUUGCUGAGUUUCUCAGCGUGUCGUUUGCCGGUUUCACCCCGCAAGCCACGUUCAUGAGGAUGCGUGAGCAUUUCUAAAAACUAGCCGGUGUGCAGGCCCCCCUUCCAGCGGCCCACCAACCGGCGCCAUUCAACCCCUUGUCACGCGGGCCUGGCAGGCCAUCCCCGGAGUAUCAAGUGGGUUCUGGGGAUAAUAUCUCAAGGCUACUCGCUCCAGUUUGCUCGCAGACCCCUGCGUUUUUGUGGGGUGCUUCCCACUUAAGUAAACACGGACGACGCUCACGUCCUCCGAGCCGAAGUGAUGUCUCUGUUCGAGAAGGGGCCUAUAGAAAUGGUCUCCUCUCAGAGGGGAGGCGGGCCGGCCCUUCGUGUUGGCCCAACAGCUCCGGGACUCGUGCCGCAAAUGGCUGAUGGCCGACGGAGGCGACGUGGAGCAGAUGAUCGAUCGCGUGGUGCUGGAACAGUUCACCACUCGGCUCCCGAAGAAGACCGCCGAGUGGGUCCAGUGCCACCGGCCCACGUCGCUGGAUUCGGCCAUCCAAUUGGCGGAGGACCACUUGGUGGCGUGCCCAGGGGUCGGCGAACCCCUGCCAUCUGUCUCUCUCUCUCCCUCUCUUCCUCCCCUCUCUCUCUCGAAACCUGUCCCUCUACCUAGGUCCCGUCCGCCCGGCCCGCCUCGUGUUCCGCCCCGGGGGCGGGGUGGAACGGAUUCUCGGCAGUUCGUGGCGCCAAGAGCCCCGCCCAGGGGGGCGGGACUGGCCACCGCCGGGCUGGACCCCGCGCCUGCUUCUCCCCUCUCUCCACGCCAGUCAUUCGGCCCGUUCUCCGCCACUGGAGCGGCGGGCAGGUCUGGGCCGGCCUGUUGGCGUUGCGGGGACCCGGAUCACUUCAUAGACCGGUGUCCAGUGAUGGAGGUGGGGACAUUGAUCCGGGUCCCGGACGACCUGCAGGUCGCCCCCGGUCAAGCUGGUCAGUACCAGAUACCAACAGACGCGUCGGACAGGGGGCUGGGUGCGGUCCUGUCCCAGGAGAUAGAGGGUGAGGAGCGGCCGGUGCUGUACAUUAGCCGCAAGCUCUCCAAGAGAGAGGCUAAGUACAGCACCGUGGAGAAAGAGUGUUUAGCCAUCAGGUGGGCCGUCCUCAUCCUCCGCUAUUAUCUCCUGGGGCGGGAAUUCACCCUCUGUUCGGACCAUGCCCCUCUGCAGUGGCUCCACCGCAUGAAGGACACCAACGCGCGGAUCACUCGUUGGUAUCUCGCUUUACAGCCUUUUAAAUUCAAGGAGCGUUUAGAACUGGGUUGCACCCCUUCAACGCUCAAAGUUUACAUAGCAGCCAUCGCAGCGUUUCACUCUCCUAUCGCUGACCAUUCAGUGGGACGAAACCUUGUGGUGCGUUUCUUGAGAGGUUCUAGGUGUGCAUAUGCUACAAAAAUUCCAGAAGAAGACAAGAUCGAGUUUGGUAAGCAGUAUUUAAAAGAUGAGGCUAAGAUGAAGUUUAUGCUCAACGGAAAUGAGAGGUCAGUGGAAGAGAUCUUUGAUGCUUUACACCAGACUUAUGGGGAUAAACUUCCCAUUGGCAGUAGACUGAAAGAGUUUUACGACCGCACGCAAAUGCCUGGAGAAACCAUCCGUUCUUAUGCUUAUGACUUGCAGGAGAAGCUGAGUAUUAUCCAGAACCGUAAACCAUCCAGAGUUCCUGAUGCUGAUGGUGUACUGAAAGACCAGCUUGUGUUAGGCCUCAAAGAUGACUCGCUACGACGUGAAAUGAAGAGGAGAGUAAAAACUGAGAGGGACCUGACAUUUAUCCAGCUUAUGCAGGAAGCUAUUACUUGGUCGGAAGAAGAGGAGGUGCAAGUUCCAAGCAAUCUGAGAAGCAGUACUCGUUCACGAGGUGUCGUUCAAGCUACCACUGCGACUGAUAGUUCAACCCCUCUCACACUGGAGAAACUUCAUGAAGCUAUUCAGCGGAUAGCUGCCAGACAAGAAGAACUGUUUCAGAUGGUAAAUAACAAAGAGAAAGUGAAACCUCAAGAGAAGGAGGGCAAGACGAAGAGUGCACCUUUAAAAGAUGGCGAAGGAAGAUACAUCUGCUAUGGUAAGCCAGGACACACUAGCCGACGUUGUUCUCAGAACAGAGAGAAUUCAAGUGGAGUGCAACCUCUGAAACACAAAGUGGAGAUGGAAAAAACAGCUGAUCAAGUUACCUCAGUACCAACGUGUCCAGGUCCAUCUGUGAUCAGAAGCCACACUGCAGACUGUGAUGCAGGGAAUGUUUCCAAGGCUCUCUGUGAAAGUGCUUUUGGGUCGGAAGUGACUACUAUCACAGAGUCGCAUUUUAAGAAUCACUUUGGAGAAGUUGUGUUGUCGUCUGCCAUCUGGGUUCGACUGACAGCGGCAAAUGGUUUAAACAUUCCCAUUAUAGGAUGUUUGGAAGCAGACAUUGAGUGCAUGAGGAAGACGUUGCAUGGAAAGUGUGUGUUCGUGAUCAAAGAGAGCAAUCACAAUGGGACCGAGCUGAAAGGAUUACCUGGCAUUGUUGGAAUGAAUGUGUUGAGUGACCUCAGAGAUCUAUUCAUGGCUACUGAAGGUAUGAAGAAGAUGGACAGGUAUACCCAAGGUGUUGGAGAAGCAAAAGUUCAACGAGUGUUAGCUAAUAUUAAGAUGCAGACUGAGGCAUUGAUCUGUGGAGACAAGAUUGGUUUUGUGAAAGUAGCUGGGAAACAAGCAAUCACUAUUCCCCCUUUCAGUGAGCGUGUUUUGGAAGGUCGCUGUAGAAUACCACCAAAAGUGAGCUGCCAAGUGUUGGAUGAGGCCUCAUCAGAAGUCAGCUUGCCCGAGAGUGUUCUGAUUGCUAAUGUGCUCACUAAGAUAGCUGAUGGUAAAGUCCCAGUCAGAGUGUUGAAUUCUAGUGAGAAAGCUGUAAAGCUUAUGCCGCGAUGUAGGAUAGCAACACUGUGUAAGCCGCAAAAAGUUGUUCCAAAAGUGCUUGUUGAGUUUGAGGAGAAGGAAGGAGCUCUGCAUGUCAAGGCUGUGCAGCAACAUCAGGUGAAAGUGGAGGAAAGCACCACGGAGCAGUUACCUGUUGCAGUGCAAACAAAUCUUGAAAAUCUUACAGAAGCUCAACGUGGAAAACUCCAAGAUCUAUUGACAAAGCCCAGUGAUGUGUUUUCAAAGAAUGAUUGUGACUUUGGUUAUACAACAUCUGUCACACACAACAUCCAUACAGGAGAUGCUCCUCCAAUUAAGCAGAGACAUCGCAGAAUUCCACCCCAGGUAUUUCAGGAAGUGAAAAGACAUGUUCGAGAUUUGGUGUCUCAAGGUAUUCUCAGAGAAAGCUGCAGUCCAUGGGCAUCUCCAGCUGUAACUGUGAUUAAGGAUGGCAGUGUGAGAUUUUGUUGCGAUUAUAGAAGGCUGAAUAAAGUGACCUGCAAAGACGCUUACCCCCUUCCGCGUGUCGAGGAGUCGCUUGACACCUUGGGAAAUGCGCAGCUGUUCUCCACACUUGAUCUUACAUCAGGCUAUUUCCAAGUGGCCAUGAGUGAGGAAGAUAGAGCAAAGACAGCCAUCACCACUCCCUUUGGCCUAUUUGAAUGGACAAGGAUGCCGUUCGGACUUUGCAACGCUCCUGCAACUUUUCAACGUCUGAUGGGAGUGGUGCUCGGUGAUCUGACGUUUGACAUACUGCUCAUCUACCUUGACGAUAUCAUUGUCUUUUCGAAAGAUUUCGAUAGCCAUUGUCAAAGGCUGGAAACUGUGUUCAACCGGUUGAGACAACAUGGAUUGAAGUUAAAACCUAGCAAGUGCUUCAUUUUGAAACCUGAAGUUAAAUUCUUGGGUCAUCUAAUUUCCUCCAAGGGAAUACAGGUGGAUGGAGAGAAAACUCGGGCAUUGGAAACCUGGCCUGUACCCAAGAAUGUGAAGGAGUUGAGGCAAGUCCUUGGAUUCAUGAGUUACUACAGGAGGCUUGUUCCUGAUUUUGCUAAGUUAGCCCAGCCACUUCAUGCUUUGGUUGGAAAAGGAGGAAAGAUGAAAAUGUUGGAACCUUUCAACUGGACGACUACAUUCCGAUCAAGGUCGUUGUUUCAAAGCCAAUGUCAUCAAAGAACUGUGUAAAGUCUAUGGAAUUGGAAAAAGUCGCACAACAUAUCACCCACAGGUUAACUCCCAGUGCGAAAGAUUUAACAGAACUAUGCAUGACAUGCUAAGGACGUUACCCCCAGUCUUCCUUAGUAAAGUGUUUAAUAUUCCCCCCACAAGGCGGUGGCAUAUUUCCCACCACCACAAGAGCAAAACUUUUUUUUUUACUAAAUUUACUAAAUAUGAAGCGUUUGUUUGCCUACUUAUUGUGCGCCAUGCCCAACAAAUAUUUGUUUUAAAGCAGCGAGUAAUUACAACUCCAACUCAAAUUCAGCUCCUUGCAUUGUUUAGAAAAAAAAACACACUUUGCUAUUCUGUUGACAAACAUGUUUAUAGGGCAUUAUUUGCAACGUGUUCAUUGCAAACCGUUCAAAAAUAGACGUAGCGCAAUUCGCAUGCGAUGUAUCUGGUUGCCAUGACAACCUCUCGCUUGCUGCUAAUCUAUGUAAUCAGAUUCAGUAAAACCACUUGCAUGUAAGUGUAGAUUUGUAAGGUUACUAUACAAAUAUCUCAAAUAAUGUAAGUGUGACUGACCAAAUCGACUGGCUUGCCAACAGGCUCUUGAUAGGGGCUCAUGAUGCAUAUGGGUGAAGUCAGGCAGGGAUACCUCCCAUCUCCUAGGAUGCACCGACCCUCAGGUGGGUACAGUUGUUUGCAAUAGAUUGCACUGUGUUUCAGGACCCUUGCGUCAUGCACAGAACCAGGGAAGCCUAUGCAGGUAUCCAAGAAUUUUCCUUGGUGGUCACACACAGCCUGGAACUGUACUGAAAAGAACAGAUUCCUGUCGAAGUAAUAUUCAGUGUUGACUGAUGGGGGCUUUAUACGUAUUUGGCAGCCAUCAAUGGCUCCAACUGCCACACUGAAAACAGGAGAGCCUGCUAGCCUGGCAAAUCCUGCACCCACCUCCUCUAGCUCUUCACCUUGAGGAAGCCGAACUACUUUUCUUAGGAGGCCAAGGACAGCCUCACUGACCUUGUGCAUGAGCCUGUGGAAUGUGGUUCGAGGGAUGUCAAUGGCUGAGGCAACCACCCUGUAGGAUGCAGCAUGGGCCAGCCAGUAGAUGAACAAUAGCUCCUCUAUUUCUUUCGACCAUCCCUGUUGAAAAUCCUAGGGGAUUGCAUUUAUCAGGUGCAGUAUGGAUGCCCUGCUGAGGCGCAGAUCAGACUCCCCAUCAAAAUACAGCCUCAGGAUGGGGACUAUGGCAUUAAUUUGACAGUAUGAUGUAGGGUUUCCUCUCUACAAAACCACCAAUAAACAAUUUAGUGUUAUGCAAGUCUCCUGUCUUUAUUUUCAGCUGUACAAUAUGUAUCUAUAUUGUGUGUUCACAGCAGACACUCCCCUUAAAAUAGAGUGUUCAAAUCAGAGGGC